AUGAGUUUCCUCAGUGUUGGCAAAACGGAGGAGGGAGGACAAGGGACAGAAAGGCACUGCGAUGUCCCCCACGAGCAGCUGGUCCCUUCAGGGGAUCCUUUCAGGGAAGAAGGAGUGGAAAAGUAUUGCCUUAAAGCAAUUAUACAUUUUCCUGCUUGUUUCAGAUUGUUGUGCUCGCUGUUAAUCCCUGCACUAUUUCUAAGCGGAAUUUUGUGUGUCUGCUUGUUCGUGCUCCUGUGGGGAAUACGGCUCUGGAUACAACAAAGGAAAAAACAGUUGUCCUCAGUGGGAAAAGAUGGGAAGCAGCCACUGGUGGUUGCAUUUUUUCACCCGUAUUGCAAUGCAGGUGGCGGAGGGGAGAGAGUCCUGUGGUGUGCCAUAAGAGCGCUCCAGAAAAAGUACAAAAAUACUACGUGCGUUGUUUAUACCGGUGAUAGAGAUGUCACUGGAGAAGAUAUAAUAGCAGGUGCCCUGAGAAGGUUCAAUAUUAAAUUAUCUCAUCCUGUUAAGUUUGUGUUUCUAGAAAAGCGCUAUCUUGUGGAAGCUGCUCUCUACCCCUACUUCACUUUGCUGGGACAGAGUUUAGGGUCGGUGCUUCUUGGUUGGGAAGCUCUUCUGAAGUGUGUUCCUGACGUUUAUAUUGACUCAAUGGGCUAUGCCUUCACACUGCCGCUCUUCAAAUACAUAGGAGGUUGCCGCGUUGGGUGCUACGUUCAUUAUCCCACCAUCAGCACGGACAUGCUUUCUGUAGUUAGGAAUCAGGAUACCAGAUUUAACAAUGCUGCGUUCAUUACAAACAGCCCUCUUUUCAGCAAAUUUAAACUUGUCUACUACUACUUGUUUGCCUUUCUGUAUGGAUUGGUUGGUUCUUGCAGUGAUGUGGUUAUGGUCAAUUCCUCUUGGACGCUGAAUCACAUCCUUUCCCUCUGGAGAUCCGCAGCUUGCACUAGCAUCGUGUACCCGCCCUGCGAUGUUCAGACCUUCUUGGAUAUUCCGCUGGAAGAGGAAAAGAGUGUUACUGAAUAUUCCAUUGUUUCUGUCAGCCAGUUCCGGCCUGAAAAAGAUCAUCCGUUGCAAAUCAGAGCCUUCGCUAAACUGCUGGAAAAGAAGAGACCGGUGGAGCGACCGCCUUUGAAGCUUAUCCUAAUUGGAGGCUGUCGUAACCAGCAAGAUGAGGAGCGUGUCAACAACCUCAGACGUCUUUGUGAAGAGCUGGGGGUUGGUGAGGAUGUGGCGUUCAGGAUUAACAUUCCAUUUGGGGAGUUAAAGCAGCACCUGGCCGAGGCCACCAUUGGCCUGCACACGAUGUGGAACGAGCACUUUGGGAUCGGUGUCGUUGAAUGUAUGGCAGCUGGCACGGUUAUCCUGGCUCACAAUUCUGGAGGCCCUAAAUUAGAUAUUGUGGUCCCCUACGAAGGACGUAUUACAGGCUUCCUGGCCGAAAACGAGGACGGUUAUGCUGAGACUAUGGCCCAUAUCCUCUCUCUGUCCCCUGAACAAAGGUUAGAGAUCAGAGAAAAUGCUCGUCAGUCUGUGCACAGAUUUUCUGACCAGCAUUUUGAAGAGACAUUUCUAUUAUCUGUGGAGCCAUUAUUUAAGUAAAUGUAUACGAAUAAAAAUGUAUAUGAGUAAAAUUAAGGUUUUGUAUUUGACCAUAUGUUUCCUGUAAAUAUACUGCAGUUUAU